AAAAGCCAGCCUCCUAAAACCUUUGUCUUCCACCUUCUAUAACCCCCUUUCUUUUCAUCCCCCCCAAAUCACAUAAACCCUAAACCCUAAUUUUCUUCCGCCAUCUCUGCAACAGCACCAUCAAUCAAGCGAGAGGAGAGAGAAAAUGGGAAGCGAUAGUGAAACUGAGAAGUCAGCUCACAAGGAGAAGAAGAAGGCCAUAGCUCUCGCUCCCAUUGCUAAACCUCUUGCCGGUAAAAAGCUCUGCAAACGCACUUACAAACUUAUUCGCCGAGCUGCUGAGCACAAAUGUUUGAAGAGAGGAGUUAAGGAAGUUGUCAAGAGUAUCAGACGCGGUCAUAAAGGAAUUUGUGUGAUUGCUGGAAACAUAUCGCCAAUUGAUGUCAUCACUCAUGUUCCAAUCUUAUGCGAAGAAUCAGAAAUUCCUUACGUAUAUGUUCCUUCUAAAGAAGAUCUUGCAAGCGCUGGGGCAACUAAGCGACCGACCUGCUGUGUGUUGGUGCUAAACAAGCCAGCAAAGGGGGAACUAAGCCAGGAAGAUCAAGAGAAAUUGAAGUCAGAAUCUGAACAAGUUUCAUCAGAGAUUCGUGAAUUGACAUCAUCUAUGUUUUGAAAAACCCUUUAGCAUGAAUAGAAAGAUGAUCUGAGAAAUGCUUAGGAUUGUUUUUGUACUCUUUCUUGAUGUAGUAAUAUAAUCAAUGACCCCAAACUUCUCUCUGUAUCAUUUUUAUGUGGUAAGGGUAUGCUAAUUGCCCCCUUUUUUUUG